UUAUUCCUAAGAACAAGGGCUCGAGUCCCCACGGCACCAAAACAGCGCACAAAUUUUUCUCCGGCUCUCCCCGCCACCCACCGACCCCCGGCCGUCGCUUUCAGGCUUUCAGCCAUGGGGAUUAGGGUAUUCUCCUUCCUGGUCGCGCUUCUCCUCCUUGCUUCUCCGAUCGUCCAAGUUGUGAGAUGUCAAUCAGAAGCAGAUGUUGAUGCAACUGAAGUUGUUGAAAGGGACGAUCUUGGCAUUGUUGGUGAUGAGACCCAAGUCUUUGGUUAUGGAACCCUAAGUCCAGCUUCUGGAGUAGAUACAAUAUGUUUAUUUCCAAAAAAUGCUGCUAAAUUGGUUCCAACAGGGGAAGUGACUGAAAUUCUGGUUGGCAUGCAUAACGAGGGCAAAUCAACUUUAAAUGUCAUAGCCAUGUAUGGUAGUCUUCAUCUUCCUUUUGAUCAUCACAUGCUUGUUCAAAACCUUACCAUGCAGGAGUUCUUCAAUGCAUCAGUGCCGUUUUCUGCUCAAGCGACAUUCCCUUAUAAAUUUGCUGCCAGCAAAUUCUUGCAGUCUGGCUUAUUUGAUUUAGUGGGUACCAUAGUUUAUGAGAUUGAUCAGCAACGAUAUCAGAGUGUGUUUUAUAACGGUACCAUUGAAGUUGUGGAGACUGGAGGUUUCCUUAGCAUAGAGUCUGUUUUCCUUGUUACUCUUGGAGCUGCCCUCAUUGGACUUUUUGGAUUGUGGGCAUAUGGUCAAAUACAACGAUUCUCAAAAAAAACCAAGAGCAUGCCUAAGGUGGAAGUAGGUACUCGAGCGGCUGAUGCUAACAUGGAUGAAUGGUUGCAGGGAACUGCAUAUGCUCAGUCACUUUCAAACAAGUCAAAGAAGAAGAAGUAGAUUUCCAUGUUCUUCAGGGUGGUUUCUAUCCUUUAAUCCAGUUUUAUAGAGCAGGAAGAUGAGGUAGAUUCUGACAACAUGGUAGUUUUCAAGGCUGUAGGUGAGAAACUUGGACACAAAUGUUAUGUUCAUGUACCUUUAAUGUCGGCAUCUAGUGUGUUUAGUAAACUGAUAUUUUUUGUGUACUACAAGGAAAAAAUAUUUUGGGAAAAUUCAAUUUUGGUGAAAACUGUUGUUUAUGCAUUAUGCAUUCUUAAUGGUAAAAAUGAAUUAACGUUACUUA